GUGCCCCAGUUGGCAUUAGCAAAUCAGUUGUAUCAUGGCAGCCUUCCUGAUCACUUUAGUGACUUAAUGUGGGUUGAAGAAAAAGUGUGUGCUCUGUAUUUGAUCACUGCACAUGUCACUUGUCUCUUUCAGUCGACUGAUCCGACCCAACCCAGAGUUUUCCAUGGGAACACCUGCACCCACGAGAUGAACACUGUCUCCAUGGCAUCGGUUCUUCCUCGUACGCCUUCUGACAUGAACGGCUUUCUAAGUGUGAUUUUUAUUGGACCAGAACAGUUUGAUCCCAUGUGUCUUCGUGUUUUCUUUCGUGUGCGCAAGGAUAAGAUUUGGAGUUUUCUUGUCUGGCUCAGGCACAACAAUGCUCUCUAUGCCAGUAUUCUGUUGGAUGCAUCCAUCAUGAACUUAUAUCCCGUUGAUGGGCCCCUCCCUGGACUGAGCGAUCACAUCAUCCAAGAUCAUGAA